AUGGUGGCCAAGCAGCUGAAGGCUCGUGCGGCGUCCUUGAUCUCCGAGACGGACCACGAGUCGGACGGAGAGGCUGUGUUGCCACGCGGCGAUCCGGCCGAUGCGACCAAAUCGCUGCCGCAACUCCUCCGUGAAGGCAAGACGGCGCUGGUUUUGCAGCGGCUACAAAAGGCUGUCGUCCCUUUGGACGAGCUCACUGCGAUGCUUGAUGGUGCGACAGUCUUGGGCAUGGCCGCCCUUCUCGGACACGAAGACAUCGUACACGUCGUUUUGGGCCGCCCAGAGGUCCACGACGUCCCCAAGUACAUGAUCAUGGCGGCCUACGAAGCGAUUGAAAAGAAGCAAUUGCGCACGCUGCAACAAUUGUGUGCGGCCAACCCGCACUGGAUCCCAUUACAGCACACACCGAUGGCCGAAAACGUCUGUCCUAUCCUGGUCCUUGCCGCCUAUUACAGCGCUAACGCUGUACUCGCGUGGGCACUCCAGCAGCCGCUUCCGAGCGGUGCUAUCAACGCAAUCAGCCACGAGGGGCAGACACCACUGCAUUUCGCCACCCACCAGGCCAAUCUUCGGGGCAUGAAGUUGCUCUUGCGCGCCGGUGCCAACGUCCACGCCGUCGACGAUCUAGGCAGAACGGUGCUGCGGACGACGCUCUUGAGCUGUUACAGCCUCGACGCGGUCAAGCGUCAGAUCGUCCUGCUCCUCUUCACGUAUGGCGCCGACUUGCACGUACGAGAAGAAGGCGCCAAGAAGCCGUACUCUGGGUUUGGUAUCGCGCAUGCCUCGCGCGUCACGAAAAACCCGCAACUCUACGACUUGUUACAUCGCGAAGACGCCUUCCGACGGGAGUUUCCGCUGCACUGCAUGGCCCGCGCGAACAACGUGAGUGGUGUCCGCACCUGGCUCGAAGCGAUGCUGACGACAACGCCAAAAGUCAACGAAAACGACGACGACGGUGACGAUGCUGCAGAGUCCAUGACGACGAUCGACGCCGCCCUAUCUGCUCCCGACAAGGAUGGUAAAACGGUGCUGAUUCAUGCGGCCGACGCCAUCGACGGCGCCUCGCCGACCCAAGUUCUUGAGAUUCUCCUCCCGCACUGCUCGAGUGCAUCGCUGAUGCUGCAAGACAAGAACGGACGAAAUGUGCUCGACUGCCUCUUGGAGAAGGACCUCGUGUGCAAGGCCAACCCCGAUGAUGCGACCAACGCAGCCAUUUUGCACGCAAUGCACGUCCUAACACGCGAGAAGAUGUUUGGGCUCGACUUGAUCGCCAGCGCGUCUGGACCGCGCCAAGGCACGCAGCCCCUCACGUGUGCUGGCGGCUGCUUGGAGACGAGCCAGAUUAGCGACACCAGUUUGGUCAAGCUCGCCAACGAGAGUAAAUGGAGUGAGCUCGAGCGUCGGCUCGAAGCUCAAAACGACAUCACCAGCAUCAACGAGUACGAUGACAAGGGUCACACAGUGCUCUAUCAUGUGUGCUAUGCUGGCCACGAAGCACUUUUGACACUGCUGCUGCAGCAAUCCAAGCUGGACGUCAACACGCCGAUGCACCGCUCGAACGAGCGCGCCAUCUCGAUCGCGAGCUCUCGAGGCCACGACACGUGUGUGCGACUGCUUUUACGAGCCGGCGCGCACCACGGCAUUCGACUCGAUGCCUCGCAAAGAGCCCUCCAAACAUACACGUGUGACGGGGCCAAGCCGAGCCGUACGCUCCUACAUGAGAGCUGGCUACUGGAGAAGGCGUACCCCGCUACCAUCUCGCCCGCGCUCGAGACACCCCUGCACGUUGCGAUCCAGAAAGAGCUACCCAAACACGUCAUCGAGGAGUUGCUGGGGCAGCACAACGCAGAUGUCGACGCUCAAACCAAGACGAGAGAGACGGCGCUCAUGACUGCCGCCAAGCAAGGUUGCGUGCGCCUCGCUGAAGUGCUUUUAGCAGCAGACGUUGAUAUCGACCUCGUCGACGCGAACGACUGCACAGCGCUGCUUCAUGCGGCCAUUCACGGCCACCUGGCCAUCGUCGAGUUGCUGCUUGUGCACCGCGCCGACCUCGAUCCCAAGCUGGUACCAUCGCUCUUUGUAACCGAACCCUCACCUAACCGCAACAAUCUCCAGGAC